AUGGAACAAGAAACUUCUUCUUUUAAAAGAAAACUAAACAACAGCCUAUGCCUUUCAGUCCCAAAGAAACGUAAGCUCAUAGAUGAAGAAUCAUGCGCUACAAUGCAAUCAUUAAAUAAAUCAUCAAGAUCUGCCCUUAAAAGUCUCGAUAUAAAUUUAAUAGGAAUUCCUCAUCAAUGUAGAAAUAAAAUAGUGGCGUUGACGUAAAUUUGGUCUUCGAGGCGUACUCCCAAUGUAUAAGGUAGGAUCCAUCCUGAUGAAGCUGAAGAUAGAGUCUUUUUUGAAGUAGGCCUUCAGGUUUUGGGAUGCCUUGCCCAAGAGAGAAGUUUUGUUUCUCCCUAGAAGAUUUUCCUGACCCUUCCAGUUGAGCUAGACAAGUUUUGCCUAUUAAAUAGUUUCGUCUAUUGGGACUAUCGAUCGGGGUACCCUACAGAAGUUCGCUCUAACUGAGGGAGCUAAUCCUUAUGUUAAGUAAGAAACUCGAGAGUGGAAAUUUGGAUGGGCCUUACACCAUUUGCACUCUGGAGCAUAUGCACCUAGCGUAGCCAUCUUUCCUGGAUUCAAAGUAGUCCGACUAAUGAAGUAAGCUUAUGGCCGUAUGAUCUUAAUCUCAUCACUGUGCUGAGAGAUCACAACACCACCCACUGAAAUUAGAAAAGCAACAAAUAAAACCUUUUAAAGCUCUCCCAAUGCCAAAAUUCCCACCUCCUUCAAUUCAUGUAAGCACUAGUUCUUCCCAUGAGAAUUUUUUUUGACUACUUAUGUAGGCGAAUUUAUUUUCAAAAGAAUUAAAAAUUGCAUUUAAAUAUUAAGAAUGUUUAUUCUUGUGAUAAUUUGAAAGCAAGCUGCUUACUUAUUAAAUUAAUAAUUAAAAAAAUCCAUACGUAUUAUGUAAAAAUAUAUUGCUUGCAUUAAAGAUAAUAAAUUAUCGAGAUUCAGGAUUUUGAUAUAAUUUGUUCAUCAUUUAAAGGAAGAAUAAGGAGACCACAAAGCCAAUGAACGUAACUCUCCAUAGUGAAAUCAGAAAUGCAAAAAGAGAAAAAUAUGAUGAAAUGAUGAAAAUUUUGAAAGAGAAAAUAAAAAUUGAUGAAGAAAAAGUUAAAAAAGAGAAAGAAAUAAAAGAAAUCGAAGAUAUUAGAAAAAGCACACAAUUUAAAGCAAGGCCACUACCAGAUUAUGCACCCCCACUUCAGCCUAUGAAAAGUGUAAAGCCACUUACAGUUCCUAUGGAGCCAAAAUUUUUAACAGAAAUUCGAGCCCAGAUUAGAGAAAUGAAAAAAGUUGAGAAAUAA